GACAGCAGUUGUCGGUAAAUAGAGAAGACGAGCCCGUGUAUAAACCAGUGAGAGAGGAAACGUGUAAUACACGUUCUAUGUGACAAAGGUGGACAGCUUCAGAACAACUCGCACGGUUGUUGGACUUUACUGGGACAAAGGCUUUUGCGAGAUACGGUCAUUUACUACACUGGUUUAAAUUACAGCAAGGCUAACCGUCAACGGUUUACUCCCUGUGUUCAACUUCACCGCUGCCUCAAAGGACAACCAUGCUGAACCUGUGCCUCCUGUUGAUUGUAUCUGCCUCCGUCUUUUCAGAGUCGCAGGUGAGGGAGACAGAGACGUGGAUGCCCAUGAAGACCACACAGAUGGCUGUCAAGACCAAACACGGGGACGAGGUCGACCUGGAGUCAUCGGGAGACUCCCUAAACAACUCAGACUUCGGCUUCACAGACAAUGAAGAUGAGGAUGAGGAUGAUGACCACACUGACCUGGAUGACUAUGAUGACAUCUCUGGAUCUGGCGACGGAGGAGUUACGGUGUCGCCUGGAACAGAGCCCAGACCCUCAGAUAUGCCUGAUGUGAACAACAACAAGAUCCCAGAGGUGGAGCGCCCGGUGCAGCCCACGGUCAACAAGGAGGUAAUCGUCCGGAACAGUAACGAAAUCCCUCUGCUGGGGAACAAGGCCGAGACCAGCGAGGAGCAUCCAUCCAAUGUCCUCAUGGCCCACACCAGCGACGACAGCAUCUUUAACACGCCAGAGGUCNCUCCAGCUCUGAUCGCCGGUGGCGCCGUUGGUCUGUUGUUCGCCGUCGUCCUCAUCUCGCUCCUCAUCUACUGCCUGAAGAAGAAGGAUGAGGGUAGCUAUGAUCUGGGGAAGAAGCCCAUCUACAAAAAGGCCCCCACCACAGAGAUCUACGCAUAGAUCCUGGCCUCCACCCCCCCCUCCACCUCACACACACAGACACACAACCCUUCAAACCCAAGCAGGGCCAGGGUGUGGCCUCACAGUGCCUCUUCCUCACUUUUCUUCUGACUGUGCAGUGGACUGACGCUCGCUAAUGAACCAGGAGAGAAGCCCCAACAACCCCAUCGAUCCACUGACGUGUCCGCCUGCUGAGUACAACUAUUGGUGCUCUCUUAACCAAUCGGAGGCUUCGGUUCUGUCAAACAAGGCAAAGGAGCGACAGGAGAGGACUCCUUCAGCUGCGGUACACCGUGAUCAUCUGUCCUGAUGUUUUGUCAUGUUGUCUGCAUGUCAAGAGUAAAAAACAACAGAACUUACAAACUGUGGACUUGGAGAACUUUCUCUUCUCCUUCCUCUUUUUGCUUUGCUUCCAGUUAAAAACACUAACACUGUGCAAUGAUUGUUGUCUCGCUGUGCUACAUGUUAAGGCCGGUUAUUUCCACAUCCUGUUUGUUGGACUCAAGCUUCUCACGUUACCAUAGCACCUGACGUUUAAAUGGACACUUUAUUUGAUUUUUUUUUUUUUUUCUUCCCAAAAACUCCUUGUAAAGCAGAGAUUAAGAUUUUUUUUCUAUUAAAGAAAGAAGAGUUGACAUUGAAAGGGAUUUGAAUCGAA